UUCUUCCUUCAUCUAGCUUACUAUGUUUACUACACCUUUUGGGUCCGAAGUGCCUUCAUAGACCGUCCUGGCGACAACGAGUCUGUUUCCCUUACGAGUGAUGGAUAAUGAAUGAUGAAAAAGAGCCGGCUCUUAUACUGUACCCUGUUGACCAGGCUGGCCACAGCUGGUUCGUGGCCAAAGGAUGUAAUGGGCAUACAAAAUGGCGAUGACUCUUCAGUUCCAAGGCAGGUUAAUGAGAUGACACCGGCCGUAAUAUGGGAGCGAGUCGAAUAUGUUAUUGUUGAAGCGGAGGUCGUGCCGAGAAGAGUCAUAUUAGAGAGGUUACCGGAACCUACGACGUCAGCAAAGGGUGCUGCAGCAGUGCUUAUAUUACCACGACCAACAGCGGCUCCCGAGAAACGACAGAAUGACGGACAAAUACAAGCAUUAUCGGGGCAAAUAGCACAACUUUCGAUAUCUUUCUCAUCGGCAUCAUCUGCGAGUCAAUCAAUCUCACAGUCGGCACAACAGGUUCAACAAUCAGCAGAUCAGGCUUCUAGGGAGAACAGCCAGGCUCUGUCACGGACACAGUCCUCCGCAUCGAGUGCUGCCUCUCAGGCAAGUCAACAAGCCAACGACCGGAUCGCACAGGCAAGCUCCUCGAUGAGCAGCCAGAUAUCUCGUAAUCUGGCCAGUGUCCAAUCUAGUGCCAGUAGUGCUAUCAGUGUUGCGCAAGCUUCGGCCAGUUCGAGUAUGGCCAGUGCUGUGAAUGCAGCAAUGAGCCAGGUUCAAGCAGUAAGAGCCGAGGCAACUGCUGUUAAGAGCGAUGCGAAUAAUUUUGCGGAUCAAGUCCAGAAAAAUGCCAUCUCCACAACAAAUCUGGCGAUCAUUGUGGCCACAUCUGUCAGCGGCGCAGUGAUCCUCACGUCAAUAAUCGUCUGCGUCUUCUUACGCUAUCGUCGGAAGAGGAGAGAAACUCGUGAUCCGAGGUCGCCUACUCCAGACGAGAAAGGAUACAAUAAACCAGUCGCAGUCCGAGGAUCGACUAGUGGAUCACGUCUCAAUCCGUUCAGCAGUAGUCAGUCAUCAUUCGGUCAACUGAAAAUUCCAACUUUCGGUCCGCAGUCAGCAAGGAAAGAUGAGCCACUGAAUUUUGGCUUCGCCAUGAGUGACUAUAGUGACCUCAAAGAGAAGACCCUCAUAUCAGUUGAGGAAAAGCCUAAGGGGCAAACGCUGCGUACUGGGCCUACUGCUGGCUUCCGGCUACAAAAACCCCCAGUUGUGCAAAGCGCCGAAGUUGUGCGCGUUAUAAGGGUCAAUAGUAAGAAGGGUAAAGACCCGUCGUCCUCAAGAGCACCUGAGGAAAGCCCUCCGUUACCACAGCAGAUCAAGCCGGCGCAAGCAGAGUCUUCCCCAAAAACUGAAAUAGCCCAAGCUCAAUUCAUGAGAAAGCCGGUGGCAGUGAACAGCGCUGUAACUCCCAUUAUAGAGGGACCCAACGACGAAAGGCGGAAGACACCGGCCUCCACAGCACCAAGCGAACCACCACGAGAAAGCAAACGCUAUACCACCACCUCUGAAGCUAGCGGUGGAGCAAGCAGUCGCUACACAAUGAUCUCAACGGCUUCCAUAGAAACCGAGCCUGUACCGGACCGCGAGAGUAGGCGCUACACGAUGAUGUCUCAGCCCGACGCCGCCGGGGAGGCCGGCUGGCGCCCACCGAGCAGCCGUGGCGCCUCCCGCGCAAAUUCCACAAAAUCCAUCAACACGGCGCAGCGCCUCGCAUUCCGCGACUCCGGCGAUCCUGUGCCAGAAUCAGACGCAACAGGCUGGAAACAGCCCAAGGGCGGCUUCAGCAUGGCGAGCGUGAGCAGUCUCAUGCGUACGGAUAGUGCGAAUAUUGAUGAUCGCCAGCCUACGAUUCCUAGGCUGCCCAAGAGCGGGCCGAGGCAGGGGCCAAGCUUUGCUGCGUUCCCAAUGGUGAGAAAUGGCCCGCCUAGUGUGGUCAACCGGCCGAGACCGGCACUAAUUGGGAAGAUCAGGGAGGAUGCCGCGCGCAGGCUGCGAGACAAGGAGAGGAAGGCUUGAGAUGUCUGUAGUGGUGGGAAUGGUCGCGGCAGAUACAGCAUUAAUCCUAUUACAGGCGGCAGGUUUAUAGUGUAU